UGAAAUCUCGCACUUGUUUACUUCCGGUGGAAGCUCUUGCAUAAAAGCUACAUAUGAGGUUAUUUUAUGACAACUGCCAUAUCUUUAUACGACGGUCGCUGUUGCUCUGUCACGCAAAUGGUUAGAUAACCGUACUGCGGAAGUGGAUGUUCGACGGAUAAGAGGCAUUUGCUGAGACCAUGAUAAGACUGAUGUUCCCUCGGCAGAAUCUCGCUCUUGCCCAAUUAUGUAAAACACAACCAGCUUGUGCAAGGGCUGUACAUGCAACAUGUGCUUGGAGGGCUGCAAAGGCACGAAAGAUAGAUGGCAACGAAGCAAUACCAUUUACCAGCAGCAAGGCAGCAUCAUGGAAAACUCAGGACAGUUUUGGUCCUCCGCCCAGAGAUAUGCCCUGGUACCAGCCAAUCAGCAUCAGUUUAAGCCUGGCAGUCUUCCUUACAUAUUUUAUGUUCAUCAGGGAAGAAAAUGAUGUUGAUCUAGAACUUAACAAGUCUUUGUUUCAAAGAGUGCCAGGGCUAGAGGAACAUCAAGUUAAGAUGGCCAUUAAACAUGGUCAGGAGAGAGGAUUGGAUACAAAAGACCUUGAAUUGAGAUUGACAGAAAUUCUUCACCAAAAACAGAUGUCGAAGAAUUCUUGAGUGAUGUGACAUUAUAUUUUUUUUUCAAAUGUGAAUAUUGAGGAAGGAAUAAAUCUGACGAUUCA